AUGAGUGCAUUGUCGUCUGAAAAUGUUAAUGGGGUCUACAUUCCCUCGGCCUUGCUCGUCUUCGGCACCUUUCUCGUGAAGAAGGAAUUUGUUCCCUACGCAGUGGCCCUGACUGCUGUUCUGGCAGGUUUCAAGCUGUUUACUGGCGACAGCAAAGCCAGAAAGGUCCUUAAUCCCACCGAAUUUCAGGAAUUUGUCCUCAAGGAGAAGACCGAUAUCUCGCACAAUGUCUCCAUCUACCGCUUUGCUCUUCCCCGUCCCACCGAUAUCUUGGGUCUGCCGAUCGGCCAGCACAUUUCUCUCGCCGCCACCAUUGAGGGCCAGCCCAAGGAGGUUGUGCGCUCCUACACCCCUAUCUCCUCGGACAAUGAGGCCGGUUACUUCGAUCUGCUGGUCAAGGCCUAUCCCCAGGGUAACAUCUCCAAGCACUUGACCACCCUGAAGGUCGGCGACGUGAUGAAGGUGCGCGGUCCCAAGGGUGCCAUGGUUUACACUCCCAACAUGUGCCGGCACAUCGGUAUGAUUGCUGGCGGUACCGGUAUCACCCCCAUGCUGCAGGUUAUCAAGGCUAUCAUUCGUAACCGUCCCCGCAACGGCGGCACCGAUAUCACCAAGGUCGACCUGAUCUUCGCCAACGUCAACCCCGAGGACAUUCUGCUCAAGGAGGAACUGGACAAGCUGGCUGCAGAGGAUGAGGACUUCAACAUCUACUACGUUCUGAACAACCCUCCCCAGGGCUGGACUGGCGGUGUUGGUUUCGUUACCCCUGAAAUGAUCAAGGAACGCCUCCCUGCUCCCGCUAGCGACGUCAAGGUUCUGCUCUGCGGUCCUCCCCCCAUGAUCAGCGCCAUGAAGAAGGCCACCGAGUCUCUCGGAUUCACCAAGGCCCGCCCGGUCAGCAAGCUCGAGGACCAGGUCUUCUGCUUCUAA